AUGUUUGCGUUGGCGGUGCUGGUUUGCUUCAUGGGCACGGUUGCUGCAGAGCCGAACGCGGUGGACAGGUUCGUUGACAGCGACUUCUCGGCAACCGACCGUGUGUGCGUUCCGUUGGGCAGGCCAUACGUCACCCUUGCCUGUUUUGACGGGAAGACGGUCCACUACCUCGCAGUGUGUGAAGUGGACGGGAGGGUCGUGGCUGGAGACCCCGCGGGCAACCGUGUGGAUGGUGCGGGCCUAUUUUACGGGUGCAUCCCCAAGAACGUGCGCGCUCCCGGCAGGGGUUACACGGCGACGGCGCGGAAGCCAGGGCCACCGGGCAUAAGUCGGUUUGUCUCGUAUCCAAUCUCCCGGCUGAACCUGUGCGGGUGGCCAACGAAAGACCCCGGCAUGACAGGCGGGCGCGCCCACCCGCCCACAGCCCGGGAGCCGGUACGGCAGGUAACGGCGCCUUGGGGAACGCGCGAUCAGAGCGGCCGGGAAUCGCCCGAGUACGACGCGGACUGGCUCGAGGUCCAUGCCGGGAACGAAGAGUCGGGCCGCCCGUCACCAGGCGAGGCUUCAUACUGUGACGAGUUUGGCCUGCCGUCCUUGGUCUACCUGUGCAACUUUGGACGAAACGACGAGCUGGUCCAUUACUGUCACGACUCCGUGAGGGGCUGGUGGUACGACCUUUACGGGAACCAGCUGGCUGACGAGGGAGUGAACUGUUAUUGCCACCCCGUGGGGCUGAGAGUCCCGCCGACCCCGUACCGUCCAGCCAGCGGCGUGGGGCGGGCGCGCUUGGUGCGUUCACCAGUCGUCGGCGCCGAUUACUCGCCGUCGGCAAGUGAACGGCUCGAGGUCUCCUUCCAACUCGGGGGCGUGAACCCUUGGUCACCAAGAAACGUGUCCACGGCUCCAGAACCGCAGUCGGGGCUUGUCCGGGGCGAGCUCGAUCGCACCAGGGCACGCAUCGGGGUCGAGGCAUUUCAGGACAAGGACAUCUCCAACUCCGAGAACGCAUGCACCUCGCGUGGAGUGCCGUACGUAACCCUGGCGUGCAAGGACGGUCCGAGCAUUAGACAUCUGGCUGUUUGUGGCGGUGACGGGCCGGCAUCCGUCAACUACGAGGAUGCUGGCUUCACCGAGGGCAUCGGGCUCUUUCACAACUGUUUCCCGACCAACGUGCGGGCGCUCGGGCGCGGAUACGCCAAGAAUCCAGGAGGGCGAGUCACGGGGCCCUUUCGCUGGACAAGCUUCCCGCAGGGGCGGCGCGUGGCAUGCGGUCGUAUGCGGCGCGACGGGCUGGCCCACGGACCCGUUGCCCCGGAGCCAGACGCUGCCGUGGUUCGCCGGCUGUCUGCGAGGCCAUGGGGCGUGAGGGAUUCAACCGGCCGCACCGCCGGGCUGUACGGGGAGAAAUGGAAGGUGGUUGCACCGCCACUAGUACGGCCGGGCCCGGAUGCGUGGUCGGGUAGGUCGUACUGCGACCAGCGCGGCUUGCCUACCCUUGUAUAUCUGUGUGGCGGGCUGGGCGGCAAAGAAAUCCUUCACUUUUGCCGUGACAGUGAGCGGGCCUGGUGGUACGACCUCUUUGGGAACCAGCUGGUCGACAACCGGGUUGAGUGCUACUGCCACGCGGUUGCCAAUGAGUACAGCCCCUUCUCACUGACCGUCGGCGGGCCAAACCACUGGGCCCGUUGCGUGGCCGGGAGACCAGCAUGA